UAUUUAUUUGUAACAUAGAUAUUUAUUUGUAACUUAGCUAUUUAUUUAGUCUAGCUAUAAAAAAAAACACAUUCAGUAAGAAAUAACUGACAAGAGCCGUUUUAUUAGGGGACCAUACCGGUAUUUUGGCCAAUGGGUGGCCUGUAGAAUAUACAUGUAGUUACAUUUGAACAGGAAGGAAGGAAGGAAGGGUUUGGGUUUGUUUUCAUGCAAAUGUAAAGAACACAAGGCUUAAAUAGGAAUUAAACGUAACAUUUUCAAAAAAACUCUUUUGGUACUAUAGUAUGUAUUAUUACCAAUGUUGUUGUUUCUUUUUUUAUUUCGCCAUGUUAGAAGCACGUCAUUAUGGAUUGGGUUAAGCAAAAAUUCAGCAAAUGAAACGUUCCAGUGGUGUUCCGUGCUGGAUCCAUCAUACAACAACACUGUUGACAAAAGUAAUUUUAAAUCUGACGUGAAUCAAUCAGAGUUGUGUAUGGCUGUCGACACCCAAAGUGCAUUGUGGGAAACUCGCCCGUGCCACGAGCAGCUACCCUUUAUCUGCAUGAAAACCUUAACUUAUUCGAGCAUGAAUCGCAAGAAUGCAUUCAUGAGAUUCAUCGACAAGAUAUUUGAAUUCUACAGCGACCCAAACAACACAGCCACGUACCUGGUCCUUCCUGUUUUUGUGCUGUUGAUAUUGCUGUGCUGCCUGCCUUACCUCUGUCACCGACUGAGAGACCACAAGAAAGCCAACGAGGUGGAGAUAGAAAUCAAACACCCCGACAUUGAGGAUACUGGGAAGUACAUGAAGUACUCGACGUACUUUGGAAGUUUUCGCAACAAGCGGCCAAUAAACUUUUAUCAGCAAUUUAAUAACGAAAUGUAGAAAAAGCGAUGGAGUUGUAUUACUUAAGUUUUUGUGUUGCGUAUGAAAUAUACUAUGUACAUGUAUUUGAUAAGCUGCUUUGCUACCUAUUCUCAAAAUAUUUACCAAGUAUUUAAUGAAAUGCGUUGCUACCAAUUCUCAAAGGUUUUACCAAUCUGCUUUUCUACCUAUUCUCAAAGUUUUUACCAUGCAUUUAAUAAAUUGCUUUGCCACAUAUUAUCAAAGUUUUUACGCAGUAUUUAAUAAACUACUUUGUUCCAAAUAUCAAAGUGUUCACUAAGUAUUUAAUAAACUGCUUUGCCACCUAUUAUCAAGGUUUUACAUAAUAUUUAAUAAACUGCUCUGCCGCCUGUCAUCAAAGUUUUAAAAAAGUAUUUAAUUAACUGUUUUGUUACCUAUUUUAAAAGGUUUGUUUUACCAAGUAUUUAAUAAACUGCUAUGCCGCCUGUCAUCAAAGUUUUCACAAAGUAUUUAAUAAACUACUUUGCUACCUAUUUUAAAAGGUUUGUUUUACCAAGUAUUUAUUAAACUACUUUGUUACCUAUUUAAAAAUGUUUAUUUUACCAAAUACACAUGCAUUUAAUAAACUGCUUUGUUACCUAUUUUAAAAGGUUUAUUUUACCAAGUAUUUAAUAAACUACUUUGCUACCUAUUUUAAAAGGUUUGUUUUACCAAGUACACAUGCAUUUAAUAAACUGCUUUGUCUCU